AUGGUCAUUCCGCUUCGUUCGCGCAUCGACCCAGUCUCGUCUCAACCACCCAUCAUACCGUUUGGCAACGAACUCCCUUUCAAUACGUUCCCCGUUUCAUCUGAUCCGGCCUCGUCGUCGCAGCCGCUCCUGUCCACCUUACGCGCUUUAUCCGAACCAGCGGCGCCGCGCGAUCAUCUGCUUUCCACUCACGACCGCGGUCACUUGCAUUUGCGAGCCGCGUUUCCCCACAUGGCGGCUGCUUCCCCACGCCGCGCCGACAGUCGCCCUGCUGCGGGCAAUGCGACGGCGGGGCCGGUGGCGGCGGCGGCGGCGGCGACGGCGACGGCGACUCCAGCGGCGCCGACGUGGGACUUUCUCACGGUGCACACGCGGCGCGCAUUGAAACGGCGACACAGUGAGCAGGACGAGCGGGAUGAGCUGGACCAGCGGGACCAGCCAGAAGGCCGGGACGAGUGGGAGGGGCGGCGCAGCGCCAAUGCUGCCGGUGAUGAUCCGGGGCGCCUCAUGUCUCUCAUGCUCGCCAACUCCUCCUCCGCCCAUCCCGCGCGCCCCUGCUCCAAUGGCGCCACUCCCUCUUCCCCCGCCAUCGCCUGCGCCAACCGCACCCCGCGGCCCUUCCCCAGUCCAGCGGGACCAGCCACCCCCCCGUCGGUUUUCCCGCCGAGCGCCACAAAACCCGCCGCAUUUGCCUGCCUGGGAAGUCACCGUCCCGUUUGUGCUGCUUCUGCUUCUGCUUCACACGCUCUCACGGUCAAUGCGAGUCCUGCCGCGAAUCACUCGACAGUGUCGCCGUUUCCGCCGCCGCCGCCGCCGCCGCCGCCAGCGUUCUUCUCUCUCCGCCAGGCGUCAAUCCCCCGCGGCGCGCUGCUGCCUCUGCCCGAGCUGCUCCUGCCCGGCCUGCCACGUGGCGGCCCAGGGACUGGCUCUCUGCCAGAGGCUCUUUUCCGCCGCCUGUCUGCCUUGGCUGGCUUUACUCCGCUGACUGGCUUGACCGGAUUUACUGGUUUGACUCGCGCUACAGGCGGUUCUGGCGGCAGCAGGAGCGGCGGUUUCUCGUGUGCCUUGUGUGGACGCACAUUCCCCACGGUGCACGCGCUGGGGGGUCACAAGACCAUGCACCGGAAAAGCAUGCACCGCAAGAGCUUGCACCGUGCGGACACCCGCGCUACCAGCACCAGGAAUGGCGGCAGCGGGGCGAGGAAGGGCAGCGGCGGCAGCAGGAAUGGCAGCGGCAACAUGAGCAAGAAUAAGGGCUGCAGCAGCAGCAAUGGUGACCUUCCCAGCCACGGAGUGAGACCCGUGCCAAUGCUGCCUGCACGCCGCCAUAAGAAGUGCAAGGUCGCUGCUGCUGUUCCUCAUGCUGCUGCUGAUGGUGCCGAAUCUGCUGAUGCUGCUGACGCUGCUGCUGCUGCUGCUGCUGCUGCUGCUGCUGCUGCCGCUGAUGCUGCUGAUGCUGCUGCUCAUUCCUUGCCCGGAACUCACACUGCUCACCAGAAGCCCUCAGAGCGUCCUUCAGCAGUGGGUGACACCCUGGCAGAAGGCGGCACUCCCAUGCGAGCGUCCACUCCCACUCCCCCUGUCACGCCCACAAACGAAGAAGCCAUGCCGGCUUCAUGGCCCAAGGCAGGUCCUGCAGGAAAGGGCCUUCAGACUCCAGAGACUCCCCAUGCUGUGGUGCUGUGUGAGGCCCUAGCGGUGGAGAGCGGUGGAGAGAUGGCCAGUCCUGCAGCGGAGCGUGGGGGAGAUGUGGGUGUGCAGGCCGUGGAGGGAAGCGGAGGGGCGUGUGAGGGGCAGGUGCGGGCUCAGCUGAAGCGCGCCAUCAGAGAGCGCCUUCUGCUGCAGACACGCCUGAUCCAGUCACAGGUGCUACAGCCGCACCCGGCGCUGCACUCGCACAGGGGAGGCGGGCGCAACUCAUGUUCGGCUCCCGGCGUUGCUUCAUGGUCGCCCCCCGCGCUGGUUCUUGAGGCGACCCAGAAGGCUCCUGAGUCAUGCUCACAAAGGAGAGGCGCACGCACCCCAUGCUCACCUGCUGGCAUUGCUGCAUGCUCGCCUGCUGGAGUUGCGGCGUGCUCGGCCCCGGCAUUUUCCAGCACGAGUGGUGCGGUAGCAGGGAAUGUGUGUGCGGCUGACUUGAACCUGCCGCCCGCUGACGUGGCAGGAGGCAUGGAGAGCGAGGCAGGAGGCAUGGAGAGCGAGGCAGGAGGCAUGGAGAGCGAGGCAGGAGGCAUGGAGAGCGAGGCAGUGGUAAUGGAAAGCGAGGAUGCAGAUCUUGCUCUGGCUGCAAGGGAGAUCGAGUGCGAGGCUCGGGGGCAGCCUGAUGGAUGCAUGGGCGGGGCUGACAACUCUCCUCAUAUUCCUCCUCAUCAGGGCCACGCUGAACGGGGAGGCUGGUUUGUCAGUGGUGAGCAUCAUGGCACAGCAUGCCAUGCUGGUCAAGAUGCCAGUGGUGGUGAUGCCCCUGGGAAUAUUCGAGCUGGGAAGGUUUUUGACGCAUAUAGAAGUGAGCUGGACGGCGGGGUUAGUCGGGACUUGGCCGGAGAUAUGUUCCACUCCACGCCCCCAAAUCGCACUCACCCUCGUUUAGAAGGUGCUUAA